AUGUAAUGUACAUUUCAAAACCCAUUUACAUUUCUACUUCCUUUACAUAUUUAAUUGGACUGUUUUCUAAGCAGAUGACAACAAAUUUUCGAAGUUUACACCAACAAUGUGUUUGAAGUUGUUAAAAUGUUGAGUAUGCAUUUAUGUGCUCAAUAUCCAGGAAGCAUUACAAGCGUAUUCCAUGUGACUGUUUGACUAUUCCUUCCAUAGUUACUAUUUUCAACGCCUCCACACAACAGUACAUUCACAGAUCAUGUUGUGUAGGAACAAAAGAAGAAACGUAUUCUUUUCUACACUUCUUGUAUGUUUAUGGUUUCUGUUUUGGGGCAAAUCCACACAUACAAACUAUGACGGCAGAAAUAUUGUAUCUUCGAAAGAAACUCAAAAGAAAUAUCUUGCAAUGAAUAGAAUAGAUCUAAAUGGCUAUAAAAACCUGUCACCAACACAAUACUUUGAGGAAAAUCUGUUAAUGAAGGGAGCUAAAUUACGCUCAUCCAAAUAUGAAGAUAGUCGAAACUUAGUGGAUGAACCUAAUGCAUUCGAACCGGAGGUGUACGAAGAUUUUCAAACUAUUGAUUCAGAAAAUCCCAGAAUUCCUCACAUCGUGCAUUUUAUUUUCAUAACAGGUUUAAAAGGCAAACAUGGGAUUCCUAGUAUGUAUAGAGAUAACGUUUUGUCAUUUUUACAUUUUAAUCCGAACUGGACUUACUAUUUCUGGUCGGAUGUAUCAGCGCGUGAGCUGAUUGCAACGCGACAGCCUGAUUUACUGUCUAUAUAUGAUAACAACACAGACGUUGUAUACAAAGCAAAUGCCUUACGAUAUGUUUUACUUUAUGAAUUUGGAGGUGUUUAUACCGAUCUAGAUAUGAAAUGUUCACGACCACUAGACCGAGCAACAAUGAAAUAUGCGUGUAUAUUGACUCCAGAACCUUUCGAGCACAGCGCGAUUCUUUACCAAUUGCCUUAUUUCUUCAGUAAUGGAUUUAUACUGUGUAGACCAAAACAUCCGUUUUUCAAACAAGUAAUUGAAUCACUUCCAAAAACAGCUAAUUUGAAGUCUAGACUGGAAGCAGAUGGAACAAAAUUUUUCACAAAGCAGUAUAGUCUUUAUAACAAUAUUCAGUUAAAGGAGACCUCCAAAAUUACAUCUUCUACCAACAGCAAUUCCCCAUACUUUUACCAAGGAGAGUCAGACAACAACGAUGCAACAUAUGUAGCAAAUACACAAUAUUUCAUGAGUUCGUUCGAUUUCAGUGCAAAUCUUGAGUUUACAAUGAUGUGUAACAGAUAUAACGCUCGUUCUGAUAUAGUUAAACGUGGAUGCAACUUGUGGAAGAAAAGGAAAAUAAACAAAACUAGAAAUCCAUUUUCUUUUACGGAUCAUAAUUGGAAACACAUGUACUCAAUAAGGAAUACAACACAAAUGAUACCUAUAGAAUCAGUUAUUCCACAGGUACAACAGUAUGUUAGUACCGAAAUGCCCGACAUGUAAGCAAUGAUCUAAUAAUUACUUCUGACGUAGUGUAUGCAUUUUGCUGAUGUUUCAACUGUAACAAAAAUAGAUAAAUGCAAAAUAAUGUAGAAGCAAAUCAUGUUCUAUUUCAUUCAAUUUUCAAGUCAUUUGGGAUCAAAGGUCAAAGAAGGUCAUGUACUUCAAACCUGGAUAAAACUUGUACUCAAAGGGACAGAGAUAAACGAACAUGAAAUUGUAGCAGCUAAAACAUUAACUUACACGAAAUACAAUAAAUUUCUACUGUUUAACUAAUUUGAAUUUACCCUGGUAACAAGAUAACCUACCUCCUUAAGUUGAUGCUUGGAGCAUGAGGGGUGAUUCGCAUUUCAUAAAUUCUUAAGAAUGAGCUUGAAGCAAUAAUUUUCACAUACGAACCGAGUUGGCUCGUAUUGCGUUUGGUUCAGGUCUAUACUUGCAAGAGAUCGUCUUAUUUUUUUUGAAACAAACGCGUAGCUUUAUUAUUCAGUUUCAUUACUACCGGAAGAGUAAUCACAAUGUAAAGAGGAAGAAGCUGAAGAAGAAUGUUCAUGUAUGUUGUGGUUUUAUCUUGUUCUAUUUCACGAACUUUCGCUUUUUGCGGGUAUAUCAAACUUAAUGAAUAGUUGAAAUAUUAUCGCUGGUCAUCCAUGCAUAUUUAAUAACAGUUUGAAAGUAUCCGUUUAAUGCUUAAUUCUGUUUCAGCAAAUGUUCUAAAAGGGAACAUGUCAACGACCAGGAAGAUGUGUGAACCUAUAAGGGUUAGAUGUCAGAUGCCGUUUUAGUCCUUGAUAUACUCUUUU